AUGCUUGAUGAUAAGUCUCAUGAAAUUGAUGUUGAACAAGACUUGGGAGGUAUAGAGCUGUUUCCGGCAGAUAGAAUUCCAGAGGAUUUCUAUGAACAACAACCACCUUCAGUAAAGAUUAUUCAUAUCAUCAUACAACCGCAACUUGUAAAUGGUCUUGGUGGUACAAUGUUACCUUAUUCCGCGGAUCAUAAAACAUUUGAGAGUAUAUCUCUUAACAAUCCUGACAUUAGUUAUAGAUCCAAGGUUGUAUUUUCGUUGGUCAAAGAUCUUAUAGAAGAAAAGGAUUAUAAGAGUUUCAAUGCUUUGGGGUCAAUUGUGGGAAUAGAUUGCAGUUGGGAAACGUUUGGGGAUGUAUGGAGGAGAAUUAUUGGUGUAAGUUGGAUUGAAUGGAUAGGACAAUGCCAACAUGUACCAACGAUUUUAAUAUUAGAUGAAAUUCAAUUGAUAUACAAGCAGAAGUGUGGAAUUGACGAAAAUAAGAAGUUGAGUGCUGAUGCGUUUUGGAAAACU